CUGUUUUUGUUGGGAAAUGGAAAGCUUCGGUUUUGUAAAACAAAGAAAAGACUGGGCCAAGCCAGUAAUCACAACCUGACGCCCUCACAUGUGGCGAAAAAGGAGCCAUCGAGGAGAAGGAAACCCUAGCUCAGCCUAAGUUUACAAGAUCAUUUUGGCGUUUCCUCGGUUCUCCCCAACGAAGAUCAAAACCUCAAUUUCUCCUAGAACAAACCUGAAGAAGUAUGGCUCUGGGUGGAAAUGGAAUUCAUCUUCUCUACCCGAGUUUGAAAAUCCUCCAUAACCCCACAACCACAAAUUUGCAAUGUCGUCCCCUCCCUUCUUCCAUGACCCCCCAAUCCCAUCUCUUUCGCACGGCCUCGACCUCAUCCUCAGCCUCAGCCAAGCCCCAAAUCUCAUGCACCAAAAGCAGCGACGCAGAGCUGGUGUCAGAUUUGGCCACAGAAGUGCAGAAGAUAAACGCCCACGUGUUGCAGAGGGAGGAGGCCAUGAAGAAGAGCAGAGAGCUAUUGUUCACAGAGCUGUGCCAGCACCUUGGCUUGACACCAGAGCAACUGAAGAAGAAAUGGAACACGAUGGAUGACGACCACAAAUGGGCUUCUGUUAGAGGGUUCGUUUCAGAGUGGGGUGCUAAUUUCCAUCCCUUGUCUGCCACCUCUGUUAAAGAAAUGGUUGAACAACACCUGGCGGCUGACAACAACCACCCUCCUCCUCCUGGACCUCCUCCACCUCCAUUCCCCUCAAUUUUUAUGUUUCCUGCUUUGAAGAAAAUUAUGGGAUUUCCAUUUCCAACAAACAAAUAAACAAGAAAUUUGUUUUUUUCUUUUCUUGUAAUAUUGGAGAUCUCCUCUUCAAGAAGUCUUAUUCUCGUUUGGAUUUGGGUAUCUUCUUCCUUCACGUGAUAUAAUUUAUACCUCUUGUAGUUAGUUAGAAAAUGUAUUACCAUCAUCAUAAUCCUAUUGAUGUGCAUAUUGUACAAAACCAAUUCAAAAUUUUUAUCUUUAAGCUUACAGCUAAAGACGAUAACAUUAUGACUAUGUUGCAUGCAUAUUGUUGUUUGGGGCUUUUAAUUUCAAAUAUAUUUAAAAAUGACUAAUACAUAAAAAUGACAGAAAAUAAGAAAAAUGUUUUUGUCAGGUUAUAUGUUAAUCAAAUCUAUCGUGUGAUAUAAUUUUCUACUUAAUAUGAAUAUAUGUAUCAUUUUCCUUCCUAAUUACUUUGAUGUCCUGGCGUGAUAAUUGAUAAGAAGUCGGUGGGUGAACCGCAAGACGACACAACUACACCUCCUUGGCUCUUCUCCUCGCUUCAAUUUCUCUCCCCUACCCCAAUCCUCUGUCAUCCGAUUCUGAUGGGAUCUCCGAUUCUCAAAAUCUCCCCAUUUUCUUCCUCCAGAA